AUGUGGAAGUUUAAGAGAAAACGGAGCCUCUCACUGUUGAAGACGAACCGCCGUUAGACGUUGAAACCUCGAGCUCCUCAGUGGCAGGGUGGAGUCAGGUUGCCAGAUCCGACUCCCGGACCGGUUUCUGCGCAGCACAGCACUAAACGAAAAAGACAGACAUACAGCUAUGCACAGCGUGAGUGCAUCUCCAUCCACGUGGGCCAGGCUGGGGUCCAGAUUGGCAAUGCAUGCUGGGAGCUGUACUGUCUGGAACAUGGCAUCCAGCCAGAUGGACAGAUGCCCAGUGACAAAACCAUCGGAGGAGGAGACGACUCCUUCAACACUUUCUUCAGUGAGACUGGAGCUGGCAAGCAUGUACCCAGAGCGGUGUUUGUGGACUUGGAGCCGACUGUCAUUGAUGAGGUCCGGACAGGAACCUACCGCCAGCUCUUCCACCCCGAGCAGCUGAUCACUGGGAAGGAAGAUGCAGCCAACAACUACGCUCGUGGCCAUUACACUAUUGGCAAAGAGAUCAUCGACUUGGUUCUGGACAGGAUACGUAAGCUGACUGACCAGUGCACCGGUCUGCAGGGAUUCCUGGUCUUCCACAGCUUUGGCGGUGGCACCGGCUCCGGUUUUACCUCCUUGCUGAUGGAGCGUCUGUCUGUUGACUACGGCAAGAAGUCCAAGCUGGAGUUCUCCGUGUACCCCGCUCCCCAGGUGUCCACGGCCGUAGUGGAACCGUACAACUCCAUCCUUUGCACGCACACGACCCUGGAGCACUCUGACUGCUCUUUCAUGGUUGACAACGAGGCCAUCUAUGACAUCUGCCGCAGAAACCUGGAUAUCGAACGUCCGACUUACACCAACCUCAACAGGCUGAUGAGUCAGAUCGUGUCCUCCAUCACAGCCUCCCUCCGCUUCGACGGUGCACUGAAUGUGGACCUGACUGAGUUCCAGACCAACUUGGUGCCCUACCCCCGCAUCCACUUCCCUCUGGCGACCUACGCUCCUGUGAUCUCUGCUGAGAAAGCUUACCAUGAGCAGCUGUCAGUGGCCGACAUCACCAACGCCUGCUUUGAACCAGCAAAUCAGAUGGUGAAAUGCGACCCCCGCCAUGGCAAAUACAUGGCCUGCUGUUUACUGUAUCGUGGGGAUGUUGUGCCCAAAGAUGUUAAUGCGGCCAUUGCUACGAUUAAAACCAAGCGCACCAUCCAGUUUGUGGACUGGUGCCCCACUGGCUUCAAAGUGGGCAUUAACUACCAGCCGCCCACCGUGGUACCUGGUGGAGAUCUAGCCAAAGUCCAGAGGGCUGUGUGCAUGUUGAGCAACACCACUGCUAUUGCAGAGGCCUGGGCUCGUCUCGACCACAAGUUUGACCUGAUGUAUGCCAAGCGUGCCUUUGUGCACUGGUAUGUAGGUGAGGGUAUGGAGGAGGGCGAGUUCUCUGAGGCCAGGGAAGACAUGGCUGCUUUAGAGAAAGAUUAUGAAGAGGUGGGUGCUGAUGGUGUGGAAGGAGAGGGAGAAGAGGGAGAGGAGUAUUAAAGAUGAUUGUGACCCCUCCCCUUCCCCAAAUUGUCAGCUUUUGCUGUUUCACAUGUUCAUGACAGGUCAGAACCUUUUUGACUCAGCUGACAUUAGAGAAGGAAGUUGCAGGCCAGUUCUGUUAAAACAACAACAAAAAAUAAACAUUCCACAGUGUUGCAGCGGUUUUUGGUUAGAGUUUGCAGAGAAGCAGUUUAAUGCUGAAAUGUUGUGAUGGGUUUAUUAUUUCAUCCCUGUAAUUGCUUCUUUAAGAUGUUUUUCUGAAACUGAUCUCCUUUAAUCAGGUUUGUCAGGUCUGAAACUUUAAGGACCUUAAAGUAGACAUUUGCGAGCCAGUUGUGUAAAACAUCGCUAAAUCUUUCCAUAUAAUCGCACCACAUGUUGGUUUGUGUUGCUGGUUUUGUUGGCAGAUAAGACAUGUAAUGUUGAAAUGUUGUCCUUGUUGUCAUAUGUUGUGUUUGUUAUUGCAGUUUUGCUUGACGUCUUGGACCAGCUUGCUUAUUUAAUGCAGUGAAUUCAAUAAAAUGUU